CUUAUUAUAAUUAUAUCAUACUUAUAAAAAAUAAUGCUGUAUUUCUUUGGAGUACUUUAGCCAUGCGAAGUUUACUAAUCGCCAUAUUGCAGAAGACUCGAUUGUCAUGAAUUAAGGUUGACUAUCGAUUUACUUCCCCUUAGGUUUCACAUAUUGGUGCUACUAGACUGCAUGAAAGGAGUAGAGAGGAAUUUUGUUUGGUCACCUGAGCAGUAGCCAAAACCUUCUUAGGAAAAAGGAAACAAGACCAAUUAGUAGCUGAAAGAAAGGACCUAAAGAAGAGGGUCACAAUGUCUGCGGGGCCAUAUAACUAUUCAUACAUUUUCAAGUACAUCAUAAUUGGUGACAUGGGAGUUGGGAAGUCAUGUCUACUUCAUCAGUUCACAGAAAAGAAAUUUAUGGCAGAUUGUCCUCACACAAUUGGUGUUGAAUUUGGUACUAGAAUAAUUGAAGUCGCUGGGCAGAAAAUCAAGUUACAAAUAUGGGACACAGCUGGCCAGGAACGUUUUAGGGCAGUAACAAGGUCAUACUACCGUGGUGCUGCUGGAGCUUUGAUGGUUUACGACAUUACUAGAAGAUCUACAUAUAAUCAUCUUAGCUCGUGGUUAACCGAUGCCCGGAACUUAACUAACCCAAAUACUGUUAUAUUUUUGAUUGGAAAUAAGGCAGAUUUAGAUGCACAGAGAGAUGUUACGUAUGAAGAAGCUAAGCAGUUUGCAGAAGAGAAUGGCUUGAUGUUUGUGGAAGCCAGCGCAAAAACAGGAGAAAAUGUUGAAGAGGCCUUUCUUGAAACGGCUAAGAAGAUAUAUCAGAAUAUUCAGGAUGGCAGCUUGGAUUUGAAUGCAGCUGAAUCUGGGGUGCAGCAUAAACCAACUCAGCCGGGUCGAAUAAACCCGAACAAUGACUCUCAGCAAAAUCGUGAUAAUUGUUCCUGCUAAGCUCCGCCCCAGCUCCUAAUUGUGCCCUUUUAAAGAAAUUGUUGGUGUGAAACAGAGAGAGAUGACUGAAAUUUCCAGGAUGUUUUGUAUGUGAUUAUGGAAAACUAACAUUAGUUUUCUUUUUCAAAUUUUGUACGAUAUGGUUCUGGAAAAUCACACUAUUUAAGAAAUCAAAGCUUAAAUGACUUAUUUAUCAUGUAGGCCAGUGACAGACAUGAUAAAAUUUGCCAUAAGUGAAGUGUAUCAGAUUAACAAAAUUUUUUGGGGAGUUUGAUUUUCAUAAUGUCCAUUGCGAAGGUUUCAUUUUUGUUUACAACACGAUCUUUAUAUCAUAAUGUUGCUGAUUGUUUUUAUGUAUUACAUCCAGUUUCAUAAAAGAAAAAAGUAAAAAAUGUGGCUUUUAUUAGAAAUAUAUAAUUUAGGUGGAGUGUAUAUUGGUACUGUAUUUUAGUUCAAUUUGAAUUUUAUUGUUUUUCCUUUAUUUACAAAGAGGAAUUUUAUCAUGAAAUUUUUAAUUGAUACUUUGAAUUAAUUGUUUAUAUCUUAAAGUAUGCUCUAGAGUAAGUGCUAGUGCAGUAUAUAACAAGAGUUCAAGUACUGAGAGGAAAGUUUGACAUGACUAUAAAUGUAUAUGCAUAUAUUUGAAUAUAAAAUAUCUUAGAAAGCAGGUACGUAUUUUGUUCAUAUGAAGAAAGCUUUUUGAAUGAUCUUGCAUCCGAUCAAGUCAGUAAAAUUCAUUCUGGAAUUCAUUGAUUGGAAUAUGAUUUGCAAAAGGAGUAGCAUUUGGGUAUGAAUUUUUAUAUGCUUUAUGCUGAUUAGAAUAUGUAUACAAUAAUAUACAGGAAAAUAAAUUUUUACAUCUUUUUAAAUGGAUUCUGGUUCUAAAGAAUGAUACCAAAAAAUAAUUAAUUUUCUGUUUUUGUUGGAAAAUGUUAGAAUACAUCUGAAUGAUGUGGUAUAGACAUUUGCUAGCUGAUAGGAAAAUAAUUGAUGUGUGACCAAGUGAAUUCAGUUAUGCCAGAAAUUAUUAGAAAUUAUCCAGUCAUCACUGAGGUACAUAGGUUGCUCAGACCAAUUUUGUGAUGGUAUCUUUCUUAAUGGCUUAGCGCAUCCUUUACACUGACAGAUAUCACCAGUUUGGCCAAUGCUUUCUCUCAUCUAUUUUGGAAAUGUCAAGGUAAUUUUUUUCCUUGGUCUAUGUUACUUUUACAUUAUUAUCAGUAGUAAUAUUGUAUUUAUUUGUAUUAUUAAUAUUGUGAUGGCAUAAUUUUGUUUUAAUUUUGACUAUCCAUCUCUCAUUGAUUUUGAGAUUAAGCUUUUUUGUUAUCUAGGUCAGCUGUAUUACUGGGUAACAACAAGCCAUAUAUAUUGAUUACAUCAAAGGCUUAAUCCCUAAUGAACCUUCAUUUGAGGAACACACUUGAGUACGGUAAGCUGCACAAGAUACAUAUGAAUAUGUUUUCUUUGAUUGAAGAUGUGACUAUCAUAAACUGAAUUUAUUUAGAUGUGCAGCAAACUCCUCCUUGUGAGGUUGUUUAAGUCUGUAGUUGUAGUUCUGCAGCUCAAGGUGCGUCUCCAUUACCCAGGUCAGCCAAUGACUACAUGUUUUCACCAAUCGGCAUGAUUUUUAAAAUAUUGGAAAAUAAGAACUGUAGCAUAUAGAACUUGUAUUCAGAUAUAAUAGAUUUUUCAUUCUGCUGCUGCAUCAUGUCUGUGAGACUAUCAUCAUAGGUAUAUAGUGUUCAUCAGGAUUUUAUAACUUACAAGAGUUAGAAUUUUUACCUUCAUCUGUUUAGUGCAGUAAGUACCAAUAACAGACCCAACAUUAAAGGCAGUCAACUCUUAUCAGUAGAUAGUUUUAUUUUAGGGGUUUUGUGGCCUAUUGAAUACACCUGCUGGAAUGAAACGUGAUGCUGCAUGAGUGAAUGUGUAGAGGUGGCAGGCUUAGAUCUUAUUGUGGAGAUGUGAGACUAUUGUCAAAAUAAAGAGUUGCUUUGAAGUUUCACAGGUUUGUGAUUGGAAAUACUACUUGUUGAUUUUCUGUGAUGGCAAAUAUUUUGAAUUUGGCAGUUUAUAAGAUUCGAGUGGAGGGACUAAUUUACACUUAUUUUUGUAUUUGACUAACACUUUCAAUACCAUGAUACUCCUAAUGCUUAAUUUAGAUUUUGAGAUCUGAUUGAGUGUAAUUGCACUAAAAUUUUUGGAUUCAUCAUUCUAAUGAAAUUUGAAAUAACUUAUUUUAAGUAACUGGAUCAUUUCUACCCUCAUAAACUGGAGAAAACAAAUGUUUUUGUAAAUGUAUAAAUAUACUUUUGUGAUAACAUGAUCCCAGAUGGAUUUAUUCUUUCGGACAAGGAGAGAAUAGUAAAAAAGAACAUAAUCCAACCUCUCUCGAAGUGCUCUCAGAUGUAAUGUAUUAUGGUUGGCCAGCUCUUAAGUCAUUUGGGUAGAUGACCAGGAUGUAGGAAAAACUAGUCCAUUUUUUUCAAGAGAAGAGUUGUGAGUUGUAUGAUUUUUUUUUUCUUCAUUUUUUUGGGGGAUAAAUACUGUUCCUGGUUAAGUACAGUAAGUAGUGAUUUGCUUAUAAAAGUAAUAGAAAUGUAUAGUAUGUAAUAAACUCAAAUGGUCCUUGAAAAGUAGUGCAGCAAAAUAUUUGUUUUAAAUUUCGUCAUUAUGAUGUAAUAUCCGAAAAAAAAAAUUUGCUGGUGGUCAUGAUGAUCAUAAUGAUAAGGUGAGGAUUACUUGUGAUUUAUUGCUGGAAGGUAUUGAAGUAGGAUACAAGAGGUUACCAAACUUGGAAAGAUAGGAAAUGCAUUUACUUGAAAAGUUAGUAACAUUUAUCUUUUGGGAAUAUCAUGCAUUGUUUUUGGUGAACUACUUUAAUUACUGUAGCAUUGUUUUUCCCUAGAGAGGUUUUCAAGCAAUAGUAAAGUUACAAAAAUGAACAUAUAAGUUUCUGAAAAAAUAUGAAUGAUUUGUUAUCUCCUUGGAUAGAGCAGGAGGCGCUUGCACAUUUAGCACGAAUCUUCCUUAAAAAUCAAAUUCCUUACUGCGUAGGAAGUUAUUGUAUAUAUACAUAAUGUAUUAAAAGAAAUUUUCCCCAAAUUCAGUGUAAAUCCAGCGUAACUAUAAUAAUCCCUUUUGGGAGUAUUUGAUACAAUAGUGGUACAUACAUGUAUUUAGUGGCAUGUCUGCAUCAAAGCUUUCAUAUUUAUACUAACAUAGAUACUAUCCUGUUCAUGUAUUUACACUUUACAGUGCAUAGAUAAUAGAAAUGCAUCAGCUAUAGAAGAAAGGAAUGAAGAACUUUAAUCAAUAAACGUCUAGCUCUAUCACACAACAACAAAAAAAAAAAGAAAAUUUAAAUAACCUAACAAUGGCUCUAAACUCAGCAAAGAAAACAGAUAGGGCAGAAGACACAUGGCUCUAAGAGGAAAAGAAAUAGCGUGGAUAAAAUAUGACUGGAAAUUGCAUAGAUGAAACUAUUGCAGAAAUCAAAGUACAUAAUGAAAAAAUGUUUGAAAGUAAAUUGUUUUGUCUAGAAAUGUUCAUUGCUGAAAUGGAAAUGGUCCGAACAAGUGAUGGAGUGUUAACGCUGCAGAUAUAAUGGGAGCAAAAUUUUUGGAGGAUAGGGUUUAUGGUGCAAGUUUUGUAGAAUGUUUGAAAUUGUGAAAGUUUAAAGCUUUUGUGUUCUUUCAAAUGUACUACAUAUAUACUUCAGUUGUCAGUUCAUUAUAGUUGGUUGCCAGUCAGUACCUUAGCAUUUAUUUCUCUUGUUACAGACACUUUAGUAAGUCUUGCCUGGAAUGCGUUCUUCCUCAUAGAUUUCCGCAGGAGGCUUUUGCCUUAUUUUUCUGUAAUCAGCCGUAGUUAUUCAUAUUAUAAGCAGCAGGUCUUCAUAUUAAGCAGCAGGUCUUCAACCACUCAUAAAUCACUGUUUUCCUAUAUAUGUACACUUGCAGUACAUAGGAAUUAUCAUUUUAAGUGUGGUUUUAAUAUAACUACUGUGCAGUAGUUUUACCAAAUAGAUUUCAUCAUCUGUAAUUAGCCUAGUCAUGUUUUCACUGAUGGACUGGAUUCCAGUUCCCAUAUGAAUAGGAGAGAAUAGUAUAUACAUAUACAUACUGCAUAUGUACCAUAUAAUUACACUUUGCCCGAGUUAACUGUAUGUGCAGAGAACAUCACCUGUAUUGCUACUUUAUAGUUAGAUUAUUAUUUCUUAUGGUCUUUAGUCAGGGCAGAGUCAUUUAUAUCAAGCUGACAAGUAUUUGGUUGAUGCUGAAAGAUAAAGGCUUGGUCUGUAGAAUUUGUUUCAGUUAUAUCAAACCACGUCAGGGGGAAUUCACUCACAGCUUAGUUAAUGAUCCCUCAGCAGUGUCAUUGUUAACUAUUUAAAGGGUUUUGUUAUAGCCUGGUUUUAUUGAUCCUGUGUGUGUGAAGUUCUGUAAUGAAAAAGUGCUAAUGUCUUGAGUUCCUUUGUUGGGGUGGGAAACAGACUGCUUAUUGGAGGUUAGUACAUUUUUUGACCUAAUAUUGCUUGCAAAAUGGAAGAUGAAAAAGGUAAGUGAGGUAUAGUCCUAGAGAAGACAUCAUUUUUAUGUGAUAUAAUAAAUCUAAUAGUGAUCUUAUGGUAUAUCUUGUAUGAAGUAUUUAUUACUGUAAUUUGUUAACAUAGUGUUUAAUAUCCUUAUACCCUGAUUUUUUCAUUCCAUAUGUGGGUAUCCUUAACCUGGUUAGUCAGCAGGUGUGUUGGGCAUGGGGUCCUUAUUUUCUUAUUGUAGGUCAUUCUCUUGGCUGUUGGAUGAUGGUGGGGUGUAAAUGUUCAGGUCUUGCUUGACAUUUAUCAAAUAUCGAAGGAAUGCACUUGUCAUUCUUACUACAUAACUUCAGUUUGUAAAUUCAUAGACCUAAUUGUCCUUCCCAAAUAUGCUGAGUAAUGUCACCAUUUCACCAACAACCUUUGCAAAUUGGAGCAGCCUUUUAAUUUUGUUGAUCAUUCUUGAAAUUUUAAAUGUGUUGCCACACCCUGUAUCAGCUGAUUGAAACUAUAUAUUGAGAAUUAUAACUAGGAGUAAUGUAAGAUAUGCUAGCAUAGUCACUUAGCAUUUUACGUUUACAGUAUUACUAUGCUGUAUAGAGUACAUAUAUUUUCUUCUGUUUGGGGAUUCAUGUUUUAAUAUUUUAUGUUGAGAGGAAAGGUUGUUGGUAUAGAAUUUUUUAUUGAUUUGCACUUUUCACAGAUGCCAUGCUAGCUUAAUUUGGAACUGCUAGCAGUUGCACAACUUUGAAGACCAAGUUUUGGACUGCUGCCUAGUUGUAUCUACAUUGAUCUGCAGACCGUAUUGAAUGUAGUUAUUAUGAAUAUGUAUAAUCAUGAUAUAUACAUGUGAUGCAUCUGUAUCUGUUGUUGCAUAGUGUCAGGAGUGACUAUAGACAUGACCAGAUGUUAUUCCUCAUUUGUCUGGUUCAUAACUGUGAUAAAAUAUGUUUAAUCCACAGUUGUUCCCUAGUCCAGCAUAUGUGCAAAUGUGCAAACAUCUGUCCAUUUCUUGUAUCCCUAGAUAUCAUAGCAGUGAAUGUGUUCAGUGUACACUUAUAGUUAUAACUAAAGAUAUAUGCUUGCAUAUUUUUUUUAUAUAAAUAGUUGCUUCAUUGCAUAUGAAGUGCUAUGUAAGAGCUCUUUAUCUUUAAAGCAUAGAUAUUGGUAACAACUAUUUUUUUUUUAUAAUUGGAAAUUCAUAUACAUUAUUUGGUUUUUUCAUUUUAUAAAGAUAAAUUUGCUAAGAUUUAUUAUAAGUAAGUUUUUAAAACUUGUAUGAAACAAUUUACCACAGAAGGUUUUAUGCUGUGAAACAAUGUUGUGUGUCUUGGUAGGUGGCAGAAAUGGUCAUUUCUCAAGAGGUACAGGUGUGCACCACAAUUUUUAGAGAUUCUAAUCAUGCUAGCCAUUAUUUUUAUUUUUUUAUUUAUUCUUAUUUACUCUAAAUUAUAAUUUUGACAAGGAGACAGUUCAUACAAAUGGUAGAUUUUUAUUUGGAACAUGGCAUUUUUUAUUUGAUCAUUGGUAAUGUGGAUUUGUUUAGAAAACUAUGUUGAGUGUGUAUAUUUUUGGUAUUACUGUAGUGUAAUAUAGUAUUGUUAUUAUUAUUAUUAUUAUUAGAAUUAAUCACUGACAGUUGUUACUUGUGAGAAAAGUAAUAUUGUCUUUAAAGAUUAAUAUGGAUUUUAAACUUUUUAAGUACUGUUGCAGUCAUUAGUUGCAUUUGUUGAGAAUUGAAAUUGCCUUUCCUUCCUUUCCUGCAGCUUUGGCAAGAAUUCCAAACAAACUUAAAUGAUUUUUAUAUUCUUUUUAUAAAUGCUAGAUCAUCACUGUAGUUAUGUUCAUAAAUGCACACUUUGUGUGGUUGUAUAUAUUUAUAAAUAUAUACAGUAAAAAUAUAUAUCUCAGGCUCUAGUUAAAUGACAUGAUAGUAAAAGUAAUUUUUUUCUUUAAAAUUUUACUGCUUUGAUUGUCUUUCAGCUUUUGCAACCUUUCCAUCUCUUUCCCCUCCAUUAUCUCUGUCAGCUGUAGGUGCCGGACCCACUGUUGACCACCUUAUUGACGAUACCCAGCACAGCACUCUGUUGUGCUGUUGUGUGAGAAUAUUCGUUAUUUAAUUGUAUAUAUAUGUAAUCAUAAAUGAGGUGUAUGUACUCACCUGUGAAGUAUAUAUAUAUAUUUUUUUCUGUAGAAUAAAAAUUAAUGAAGGAGUUGCCAGUUGAACUUUGUUAUUGCUUGAGAAAAACCGCAUCAACAAUCAGUCGUUCAGGCAGGCACAGGCUCCUAAUAGCAUCAGUUAUCACUGUGUUUGUUGUUAUUUUCAGUUUGUGCUUUUGGCAUGAGGAUAACCACCUGUUCUUAUUUGUUUACUUAAGGGGUGCAAGAAAUUUUAUUUACUCUUUAGUACUGUAUUUUGUAUAAAAAGGAAAUAUUUGUUUUUAUUGUAAUGCAAGUUCUAUGCUUGCUUUGCCUUAAAGAAUCUUUAUUCCAUAAAGAAUUUGUAUUCCAGUUGUCUUGGGGGUGCUCCUGGUAGGUAUUUUGUUGAUUCAAGUGACGAACUUUGAUCAUUGGCACCAUAGGGUCCAUGAUGAUGCAGGACAAACUGGGAUAUGCUCUCUGCCUUUUUGAAGGAAAUUUAUGAUAUAACAGGAACAGCACUAAUAAGAAUUUCAAUAGUCUGACGCUAUCCAUUUUUAUUGAGCUCAGCGCAUAUUAGUUCAGUAGCCAAGCGAAUUGAUUGAUAAGAAGCACUUUCAUAUUACAGGACAUCAUCACCCUGCUUGUUUAAAAAAAUACAUGCUGGCUUGUCUGAUAGGUUUUGAGUUCUCGGUCUCUAGGAUUGAUUAACUGCAGUACUAAAUAUCAUCAUUUUAAUUAUUGUUGACUUGUAGUAAUUUUACUGCAGAAGUGUCUUUUAAACUUACAAAGGAUUUAACACAGCUGCAAACUUUGCUCCAUAUUGAUAUUCAUCGUAGAGUUCUGUUGUGCCACUUAACAUCUUAAGUGUAGUGGUAUCUUUUCAUGUCAUUAGGUGGCAUCAGUUUUCUAGGCAGCAUGGUCUAUUUUCCACAAACAAUUAUCCGUAUCAUCCCUUUUGGAAUUAAUGUAUACGGGUGUUCACCGGACUUUGGAUUUUUUUACAUUUAUAUAUUUUCAAGUGAAAUUGACUACUGGGCAAACUACUCUAGACUUUUGAGUAUGUAUAGUUUUCAUUUCUAUGUUCGUUAUUGACUGAGAUAACUCAUUUUCUUUGAGAAGGCAGAUUUAGAAUUAGAUUCAAAUGCAUUGUAAGCUUAGAAUACAGAGGAGGAACCAUCCAGCCUGGAAAGCACAUAUGAAAUGGAAUAAGCUUGUGUUGCUGUCUAUAUUGUAAGAUUUGUGUACAAAUAUUAGAAAGUUAGUAAUAAAUUUGUACAAGUGUAGAA